AUGAAUUCAACUGCCGCUAAACGUUACGAUUUGCUAUCAUAUCCACGCACAAGAGAUGCCCUUGUCAGGUUACCCUUCUUUGGCGGUGGCGUGACUCAACUCCUACGCUAUAUUCGACCCAUGGAGCAGGCGGGCAAAGGUCGACGAUCCGCACUACGCUCGGCACUGGAUGAGAACUACGUUAGCUAUGGGGGCGCCCAGUUGUGGAAGCUCAAUUUCAAUGGGACACGAAGGCGUGCCGAUAACUCAAAGGAUGCACAGUUCAAUCAUUUCGUUGAAGAGUUUGGUUUUAGCAGCGUCCCGUUAAUUCUAUGGCGAAGUGUAUCUGUGCCAGGGCUGGCCACUUUACCCGAUCUCUGGAUGCUCAACAGCAGCGAGCUGUAUGAGGCGACCUUUGAGAGUUUGCAGUGGCUUGUGCCAACUGAUCUGCGACGAUUCGAUUUCAUAUCACCGGGCUCAACAUACCAGAUCAAUCGACGGUAUCGAAAUAAUGCCUCGGUGCAUCGAUACUACGGCUAUCAGCUGUGGAAGUUGCACGAAACGCGUUUGGGUCAGCCUGAGUUGCGUGCUUUCAUUCGUUACUUUGGUAGCGAGGUCUGGAACGUCAAUCAUGACGGCAUCGAUAUUCUCGUGGAGCAUAAGAAUGUUGAGGCGGCACAAAAAUAUAUGGAACAGACUGCCUUCAGCUACAACAUCAUGAUCGACGACAUCGAGACUGCGAUCGAUGAGACCUACACAGAGGUCAGUGAUGCCGAUCUGGCGGAUAUCUCAAGUGCCAACUACUCACUGCCCUGGCUGAACCGUGAAGGUUCGCUUUUGACCUGGAGAAGAUAUCACGAUCAAGGUGAUAUACAACAGUUCUUGCAAAACAUUUUGGAAACACACUCCGACUUGGCAGAGAUCAUACAAAUUGGUCUCACACGCAACAAACGUCCUCUGGAAGUGAUAAGAGUCUCGAAUGGAAACCCCAAGAACUGGGCCGUCUUUGUUGAUGCCGGAAUACAGGCACGGGACUGGCUCAGUCCCGCCGCACUUACCUAUGCAAUAUCGAAACUAACCUGGUUAUGGGGUCAGGGCAGAGCGGAGAAGUCCAUGCGCCACAUAGACUGGUACUUUUUGCCAUUGGCCAAUCCCGAUGGUUAUCAGUACUCGCGUCUUACCGACCGUCUGUGGACCAAAAAUCGCAAUUACGACAGUAAUAGUGGCUGUUAUGGCGUUAACUUGGAUCGCAACUUUGACUAUGCUUGGGGCGAGGCGGGCUCUACGUCGAAUCCUUGCAAGAAUCUGUACCAUGGCGCCAAGAGUUUCUCCGAGCCCGAAACGCGAGCCAUGCGGAAUUUUCUGCUCGGCAUGCGCGACUAUUUGGGAGCGUAUGUCUCCUUUGGAGGAUAUGGUCAGGCGGUCACGUAUCCCUGGGGCGAUGCUGACUUCUUGACGCCCAAUCAACGUGAACUACGUCACACUGCCCGCCAGGCGAUCCUCAACUUUCGCCGCCUCAAUCACGCCGAGUAUAGCCUGGGCAGCAGUUAUCGCCAGAAGCUGGCAAGGCCGGGCAACGCAGCCGACUGGGUGCAGGAUCGCAUCGAGCCGCAGUUUGUCUAUAAUGUAUACCUAAAGGAUCAGGGACGUUAUGGUUAUUUAAUGCCGCCACACUACAUUCCCGAAUCCGGCGAGGAAGCUUUCGAAUUUCUCAGGACAAUAGCGCAACAGCUGCAAUAA